CUGGCAACACUCUUUUCGUUCCAACCGCGUGGCAAGUCGUUUCGCUGUGUUCCCGGCCUGGUGCAUUCGUAGUUGCAAUUCGCCAUUUAGACGCCAUCUUCCGAAGCCCGAAACCCAAUCACCAUGAAGAUCUACAAGGACAUUAUCACCGGCGACGAGAUGUUCGCUGACACCUACAAGAUGAAGCUGGUGGACGACGUGAUCUACGAGGUGUACGGCAAGCUGAUCACCCGCCAAGGCGAUGACAUCGUGCUGGCUGGCGCCAACGCCUCCGCCGAAGAGGCUGACGAGGGCACCGAAAUCACAUCGGAGACGGGUGUUGAUGUCGUGUUGAACCACCGACUGCAGGAGUGCUUCGCCUUUGGCGACAAGAAGUCCUACACCUUGUACCUGAAGGACUACAUGAAGAAGGUGCUCGCCAAGCUGGAGGAGAAGGCUCCCGACCAGAUCGAUGUGUUCAAGACGAACAUGAACAAGGCGAUGAAGGACAUCCUUGGCCGCUUUAAGGAACUGCAGUUCUUCACUGGCGAAUCUAUGGACUGCGAUGGCAUGGUGGCUCUGGUGGAAUACCGCGAAAUCAAUGGGGAUAGCGUACCCGUGCUCAUGUUCUUCAAGCACGGUCUUGAGGAGGAAAAGUGCUAGGCGGAUGAUGGAUCGUGAUCUUCACUUCCCCGGGAACUAUACUCAUGCAUACCUUCUACACAUAUAUAUUUAUCAGAUGCUUAGUUACAAUUUUGAAAGUCUUAAAUUUAUGUUAAACGAUGACUAAAUGCCUGUCCCUCGAUCUGUGCGAUUUUAUUUCUAAUGAUUUCUUUCGGCCGGAGCUCUCAUAAAUUCGACUCAAUGUAUGUUUAUUGUUUAAUCACACCGAGCUAAACAAUUGAAUUGCGCCAACUAUUGUAAUUAAAAAAAAAAAUAAUAUUUUGAUAGCAACACCUUAAAAUUGUAUGCAUUUUCGCGACCACCAACACAAAAAUUAAACCGAAAAUGGGAACACAAGUACUGAAAUUAAACGGAACCCCAAUAUACAACUGUAAA